ACCCAUCUCUCAUCUCAUCGUGGCAAGAGAGAUCACACGCGCAAGCACACACUCGCAUCCCAGGCAGAACAGAACCCUCGCCGCCGCCGAUGACGUCCGUGCGCAGCUCCGCGGCGUCGCUAGCCCCGUCGAUCCGCGGGGCGGCGGAGCUGGUCCGCCGGGAGGCUCUCCGGCGCGAGCUGGACGGGUGCCAGCUGCUGGCGGGCAUCUGGUGCCACGGGUUCACGGUGGCGCAGCUGCGGAGCAUCCGCGCGUCGCUUCCCCCCACGGCGCGGCUGGUGGUGACCAAGAACUCGGACAUGGCGGCGGCCGUGGCGGGCACACGGUGGGAGGCGCUCAGGCCCUGCGCGCGGGGCAUGAACGCGUGGCUCUUCGUGCGCUCCGACGAGAUCCCGCCCGCGCUCAAGCCCUACCGCGACUUCCAGAAGGAGUGGAAGCUGCAGCUCAACGACUUCACCGGCGCCGUCUACGAGGGCCGACUCUACGGGCCCGACGACUUCGCGCAGCUCGAGGCCAUGCCCACCAGGAUGCAGUCCUACCAGUACCUCCUCGGGUGUCUGCAGAUGCCCGCCGUCAACAUCCUCGCCGUCCUACAAGCGCGGCAGGAGGCACUGGCGGCGGAGGCCGACAAGCCGCCCGCCGAGGGAGAGGCGGCGGCGCCGGCGCCGGCUGAGGAGAAGUGACCCGUCCACGAGGUUUCUUGGCGUUCGUUUCACUCUCCCUCUGCCUUCUUGUAUGUUGCAGCUGCGGCUUGGCUUAAAGGAAGCUUCUUUUUUUCGUUCCUCUUGCGCAAAUUUGUGCUCGUCAGAUUUCUUCAGUUCGGAAUACAUGUCGUAGAAAAACUGAUAUGUAUCAUAACGGCACGUUGCUACAAUGUCCAUGAACUCCAUUUUGGAAGUUGAAGUGAUCCUAAAUUGCCUUUUCUAGUUCAGAAA